AUGAAGGCUCCACUUGCUAUUGCACAUAAUGCUGAAGAUACAGAUUCAGCUUCACCUACAAAUGCAGUCGCGCUCUCUAAUCCCCCCACUACCUCGGGCAUGACCCUCCUCCCACGGCCAGUCGCAUCGUUAGUAUCGUUAUUGACUCAGUCUACUUCACUCUCAUUACGUGUAGGGACAUUCUUCGGAGGUGUGGCCCUCGAUGGCGCGCGAGCAACAACUCUAACUAGUCUCGAACUGGGACGCGCCGUGAUCGAGGGGAUUCUCACGCGCGCUGGGCGAGAUGUGGCUAUUCGCAGUGGGGAUGAACACGGGAGGAUGGAGGCAGAGUCAUUGCUAGAGCGAAGUUUGGCAACAUUGCAUACAACAGUGACCUCGGCCUCAUUCUUCGCCGCUGCCACAUUCCACUUCUCAUCAACAACACUAGCAUCAGUGGCGAACUUCUCGCAGGCUCUCCUAUCGACAUUAGAUGCUAUUCUAGGUUCUACUGAGUCAUCUCGAGCCAUUGCCGCUAUCAUCACUCUCAUCCGCCGCGAGUUCCGGUCUGUCGAUGCCAAUGCCAACACCAAUGCGGAGAAAAUUGGCGUCGGAGAUCUAUUUAUCGGAUCAGUGGGGUUUGCAAUUCUGCAACGAUGGGGCAAAAAGAAAACCGAACGUAUCCUUCGAGAAAAGGGUGGAGAUGAAGUUGUCUGGGAUACCGUCAUCUUGGACAACGGUGCUCGAGCCGAUGUGCUUGGAACCCAUCAACUACAGUUUGGGAACGCAGAUACAGAUCGUGAGGAGCUUCCUAUUGAGCCUGAAAGGGCGUCCUUUGUAAUGCCUGGCAAUGACGACGAGGCUUUCGGAGCGGUGCGUCGUCGAUCUAGCAUUGGCGAUUCCCUCGCUAGCCACCGACUGUCAAUCCCCUUGGAUAAUCAGCACCAGAUAUCUGACGAAGAUAUUCAAUCAUACAUCAUGGGUCAGUUGCCACAUGGCUGCCACGCCUCGAUCAAAUCCGAGGUCUUGACGGCCCGUACGAUCACUGUGGAUAUCUUCGACGACGACAUGGCGGAAAUCGCCGCUCCCCCUGGCACCACGAUGGUCGAAGAGCGUUUUCACCAUGAUCAGGACUACGAUGCGCCCGCGACCAAUAAUUCGGAGAAUCAAAGGCGUCCAAGGCACACAGUAGUUUUCCGAACAGCUUUCAACAAGUCUCACAGCACGCAGCUGCGCCCUCAAAAUGUUCCAAAUAUGACAAGCUCUCCUGCAGUGGAACGGCCUCAAAGUCCUUUAGCACAGUAUGCAUCACCACCAGGGAAUGCCAAACCUCAUCCACAAAGAUCACAGUCCUACCCCGAGGUUAACCACUCUGCCGCGAAAAGACAGUUGUCUAGCCCCGAGCCAUCCAGCGAGCAAAAUCAAAAACCAUUCGGGAGAGGCUCUUUUUCGAAGUUUGCACAGCGUGUCAAGCCAAGUAUGACAGAAAAGACAGAGGGUCCUAAACGACCCCCGGUCAAAAAGCAGGCCUCCAGACCGCCAGGAGCAGGGACUGCCUCGGUGAAAGAAGCGUCAACGCGAGAUAUUGCCAAUCGAGCAGAUCCAAAGAGACGCACGACUGAGAUACCAAAUCGACCAACCACUCCUGUCCCGAACCGAGGCCUGCCGCGAUCACCAUAUCCUGGCUCGCCUCAAUCACCACGGACACCAGCGAGGCCGACUCCACGCGAAGCUCAUGAACGCAAGAACCCCCGAACGGGCCACUUUGCCGUUCGUGAAAAGAGUCAAGAAUGUCUCCUCACUCAGACCGAUGCGUUUUCCCAUCGUCGCGCCGGAGAACUACGUCCGGGGUCCCCAGCCACAACGCGCCAUGUCCGCAGCAGUAGCUCGAUGUCUAUUGCAAGAUCCGAAACAGAUGGAGCCACCUCGGUCAAUGGCCAUCGUCCAAGCUCCUCGGCACUACAUCGACGGUCCAAAUCAUAUACACCGAGCAUGUACUCUGUUGCCACAGCCGGCUCAGAAACAUCCCUCAUCCUAGCCCAUCGACCCCGGAAAAGCGCAUACGAGGAUAUAGACACGAUCCAGGCGCUCAAUCGCGAUGGUCUUGUCCCCGGCAUCUUUCCGGAGAGACAUUUUGUUCAGAAUAUUCGCCGCUUCUGCCGUUUCUCGUCGGCCUCGUAUGGAUCCAAUGCACUAAAAGUCAUGGGCGUGCCAAAAGGAGGUAGCGCCAAAGGUGUUCCCCAAAGUGCAUCGGAUAGCCACGAGCACAGUGCAUUUUCAGACUACGCCGGCCUCCCACCAUCUACAAUCCUGCUCUCUUCCUUCGUCGAUCCAGCUGGCGGCUCCAAUGCAGCCGGUGAAACAGAAAGUGGCUUCCCACUCGUCCACUAUCUCUCCAUCGAUCACGAUUCCAAAGCAGUCGUCCUCACAUUACGUGGUACCUGGGGCUUCGAAGAUAUCCUCACCGACAUGACCUGCGACUACGACGACCUGGAAUGGCAAGGUAAGAGCUGGAAAGUGCACAAAGGCAUGCACGCCUCAGCAAAGCGACUUCUCGAAGGUGGCGGCGGACGAGUCAUGAUCACCCUCCGAGCCGCACUGGAAGAAUUCACAGACUACGGCGUCGUUCUCUGCGGACACUCUCUAGGCGGCGGCGUCGCAGCUCUCCUCGCAACGAUGAUCUCCGAACCAAACCUUUCCCCGACAGCAACAACAGGGAAUCGAACGGGGUCAGGAACAGGAUCAGGAACUUCCUUCGUGACAGCCUCCUACGAACCCACCCCCCGUCCACGCCUCUUAACAGUCGACACCGAACCAAGCCACGCCACACCACCAUCACAAAUCUACACCCUCCCCAGCGGCCGACCAAUCCAUGUCUACGCCUACGGACCACCAGCAGUAAUGUCCCCAUUCCUCCGUCUCGCAACCCGCGGCCUAAUAACCACAAUCGUAAACGGACACGACGUGGUCCCGAGUCUAUCCCUCGGAAUCCUGCACGACAUGCACACAGCGUCACUCUCAUUCAAAUCCGACAUCAGCGGGGCAAAAUCGCACAUCCGCCAACGUCUCCACGAAUCACUGCGCCAAAGCAUUAUUCACAAAUUCUACGUCAAUCAGCCGCCGCUGGUCAUUAAUGCUGGCGACGGGGUCGGCGAGGACGCGUGGGCUUGGAAGACGCUGAAUCUUCUGCGUGAUGAGAUGCGGGCGCCGAAACUUGUGCCUCCGGGUGAGGUCUUUGUUGUUGAGACUAUGCGGGUUCUGCAGCGGGAGGCGUUUACGCCUGUGUCGGACUUGGAGGGGGUGGGCGCGGGCUUGGAUGGGUAUCCUAGGCUUGGGAGGCCGGCUACUAGGGUGCAGAUGAGGUUUGUUAGGGAUGUGGAUGCUUGGUUUGGGGAGUUGAGGUUUGAGGGGGGCAUGUUGAGUGAUCACAAUCCGGCGAGGUAUGAGACUAGUCUUGCAGCGUUGGCGAGGGGUGUUCUUGAUGAGUGA